AUGAGUUCUAAUCAGCAACGACAGGAACAAGAACAACUUCAGGAACGAAUUUCGCAGUCGCGCACCAAUGUUUACGAAAUUCUGCAGCACGUUUCCAUUCCAGUGCCUUCUAGUCAAGAGCAUUUGCAGUUGCCGCAUGAAAUUUACUUGCAGAUCCUCGAGUACUUGCCGCAAUUUCCACUCCAAGCCCGACUCGAUUGCACCACGAGACGACUUCCAAGUCGGAGGUGUUUUGUCACUGAUCAGUCGUGUCAGACGGAUGCCGAGGGAAUGAUCCAUGCGAGAUCCCAUCAACCUUUGCCGCAUUUGCAAUUCUUUCGAUUCCGAUCGAUGGGUUUCAAGGUGGGAUUUGGUGUCACCACCAAUCCUUCCUGCACAACCAGCAGCGGCAUGGUGGAUUCCUGUGGCUUUUUUGUCUCUACCAAAUGCUUUCAUUUUGGCAAGGGCAAGGAGGAAAAUGUCACCACUUUGUUGGAUUGGCUAUUGAGGACACGGUAUCACUCCACGUCCAAUGCCAUGGGAGUUGCAGUGGACUAUGCACAAAAUCAACUACUCCUCAAUUGGCCCAAUCGCCAAGAUACCUUACGGAUCGAUUUGCCAGAGCAAUUUCAAAACAAAGUCUUGUAUCCCAUGGUGCAAGUCUGGGGAGGAUCGGCCAUUACCGUCUUGCCCGAAAAGGUCAUGGCGGCGGAUGCUGUAGGAGCAGCAGUGGACAAAAACAAAAACAAAAACAGCAACAACAAGUCCCCUACUACUACUUGUAGGAUUCCAUCCACCACCAGCACAUCCAUGGAGGACGAUUCCAAUACUAGUACUGUGAGCACUACUCCGCGCACCUCGGCUACGGUCACCUUGAAUCCACCCACGACCUUGCCCUUGACCCAGUCCAUUACUAGGGAUUCCUGGUGUUCCGAAUGGAUGAGUCUUUGCAAGUCGCGGGGAUUGCCAUGGGACAAUAAUCAUCGGCGAUGGGCGGCUCCAGCAGCACCGCUUCUGGAACUACCGGAGGUACAACGAGUACGCAUAGUACCCACACUACCACCAGAACGACAACCAGAACCACAGUUGCGUACACACAUUACUACACCAUCGCCACCACGAUCGCAGUCACCACCACCACCAACCUUCAUUCCCCGAUCCAUUCUCAAGAAUAAUAAUCGUCGCUUUUCACCCAUUGUUGAUGAACUCGACAGCCGAAUGCAAACGAGCACGAGUUUGACAUCCAUGACGACGCGGGUCGGGGGCAGUCCUCUUGGUAGUCGUAGUAGUUUUGUCUUGGGGGGUCGUCUUACUCAACCAUCACCGCUGCGUGGAACGACUGCUGGGACGAGGCGGCGGAACAACCAGCAGUUUUGCUUACACUAA